UACAGCUGCAGAACCAUCCACUGCCUUCGUGCUCUAAUGGCAAUUUCAAGUUCUUUGGACCUGAUACUCCCUUGCUGCAACACUCGCAGAAAAAACCAUAAUUUUUUGCUCGUUUCAACCCAUAAUACAGUUCGCUUCUUCGCUCUUUCAUUCUCAAAUCCUCCAUUUCCCCUCGCAAAUUCCCGCCACUGCUCUUCACCGAUCUGGGCAAAUGCUUCUGCCAACCCUCUCGCCAUCGAAUCGGCCCUUAAAUUGAUGGAUUCUCAAGAUUUUACGAUCCCCAAUGCCCAUAAUUUGAAUGGUUUAUUGUGCAGACUGUUCAAAGAUCCUCAAACUGAAGAAUUCGCCUAUGAAUACUAUCGGAAGGCAAAAGAAAUUCCAGAUUUUAAACCCCAGAAAUCGACUCUAAAUCAUCUCGUCAGGUUGAUUAGUAGUUGCAUCGGCGCGAGGAAAUUUAAAAUUGUAGCAUGUAUACUCGGUGCUCUUGGGUCUAAUGGCGAAUUGGCAGUCUCGGCCUUCGAUUCUGCAAUGAGGGGUUUUAACAAGCUUCACAUGUAUAGGACCACAAUUGAUGUGUAUGAACAGAUGAAAUCUUUGGGAAUUGUUCUGGAUUCUGGUUGUUACUCUCGGAUAAUGCAAGCUUAUUCAAAAACCAGUGAUUACGAGGAAGUGGUAAGAUUGUUUAAAGAAUUAGAGGACAGGAAACUAGAUCCAGCUCCAUUUUCCACUAAAAUUCAUGGGAUCAUGUUGGAAUCCUUGGGGAAGUUGGGACGAGCUUUUGAAGCACUCGAACUCUUUAGGGAGAUGAUAAAGAAAGGGGUUUCAGAAAAUUCUUUGAUGUAUUCAUCCCUGAUCUGUUCAUUUGUGAGCAUUCGAAAUGCAGAGAAAGCCAAAGAACUUCUACAAGAAGCAGUGAGCAAGAAAAUGCUGAGGGAUCCGUGGUUGUUUCUGAAACUUGUUUUGAUGUAUCUUGAAGAAGGGCUGGUGGAGAAAACACUUGAGGUUGUUGGGGCAAUGAAGAGUGCUAAAAUGAAGGUUUCUGAUUGCAUGUUCAGCUCAAUUGUCAAUGGCUUCUCCAAGAAGCGAGGUCAUGGUGCUGCAGCUAAGGUCUACGAAGAGCUUGUCUCACAGGGAUGUGAACCUGGCCAAGUGACCUAUGCUGUGGUUAUAAAUGUUUACUGCCGCCUCGGUCUCUAUCCGAGAGCCGAGACACUAUUUCAGGAGAUGGAACAAAAAGGGUUCGUCAAAUGCGUCGUAGCCUACUCUAGCAUGGUUGCGAUGUAUGGGAAGACUGGGAGGCUUAGAGAUGCAAUGAAGCUUGUUGCAAAGAUGAAAGAAAGAGGAUGUAAACCAAAUGUUUGGAUUUAUAAUACCUUGCUAGAUAUGCACGGGAGGGCGAAGAACGUGAGGCAGGUGGAGAAGCUAUGGAAGGAGAUGAAGCGGCGGAGUGUUGUUCCUGAUAAGGUUAGCUACACCACCAUCAUAAAUGCUUAUUGCAGGGCUGGGGAGCUCGAAACAUGCACAAAAUAUUACCAACAGUUUAGGCUUAAUGGGGGUGUGAUUGACAGAGCAAUGGGAGGAAUCAUGGUUGGGGUUUUCUCCAAAACUAGUCAGAUUGAAAAGUUGGUGAAGCUUUUGCAGGAUAUGAAAUCGGAAGGAACAAGUUUAGAUGGGAGGCUAUAUCAAUCAGCUUUGUAUGCUUUCAAGGAUGCUGGGAUGCAAAUGCAAGCACGGUGGUUACAUGAAAACUUUGGCACAGUUCAGGAUUCAGACUUGACAGACAGAAGUAGGCCAAAAAGUGAGUAUUUAAUUCGAUGAAAAAUGAUGAAACAAAUCAAAAUCUCACUGAUUUGAGAGGCAGAUGGAAUCUUUGGUGCUCAAUCCAUAAAUAGUUUAUCCUGCGGUAUGUGUGAUAUGCGUAGUUACAUUUGAUUACCAACAAAAAACAUGAGACAAAGUAUGCUUGUAAUGUGUAUAUUGUGACAUGGGCAUUGUCCUUGAGGCAGCUUAAAGCAUCACACAUGAAUAUAAACACACCUUCUCAGGAA